ACCUUAUUCCAAGCAUCUACGCGGACACGCUCAUCCGGGUACUGUCGGGCGUGCUGACGUCACGGAGUUUAUAAGUAGUCGUGUCUUAGGCAGCAAACGGCGAUUCUGUGACAGCCGGAGCUGCAGAGAAGAUGGCGGUGCGAGUGAUGCGCGGUGCGGACACCGGGAACAGGGGCGGCCUGGGGAACCCUGCAGCGCCGGCCGCCAGGGAGCACGUCAAGGCUGUCAGCAGGGAUUACCUGUCCCAGCCCAGGCUCACUUAUCGGACAGUGUCCGGAGUCAAUGGGCCUCUGGUCAUCUUGGACAAUGUCAAGUUCCCCAGGUACUCGGAGAUUGUGUACCUCACUCUGCCCGAUGGUACAAAGAGAAGUGGGCAAGUCCUGGAGGUCAGCGGGUCAAAAGCAGUUGUACAGGUAUUUGAGGGAACAUCUGGAAUAGAUGCCAAAAAAACCUCCUGUGAAUUUUCUGGGGAUAUUCUUCGGACCCCGGUAUCUGAAGACAUGCUGGGUCGUGUGUUUAACGGCUCAGGGAAGCCCAUUGACCGAGGGCCUCAUGUGCUGGCUGAGGAUUAUCUGGACAUUAUGGGGCAGCCCAUUAAUCCCCAGUGCAGAAUCUAUCCAGAGGAGAUGAUCCAGACUGGGAUCUCUGCCAUUGAUGGAAUGAACAGUAUUGCUCGUGGACAGAAAAUCCCCAUCUUCUCAGCUGCAGGCCUCCCCCAUAAUGAGAUUGCAGCACAGAUCUGUCGCCAGGCAGGCCUGGUAAAGAAAUCAAAAGACGUUAUGGAUUACAGUGAGGAUAACUUUGCCAUUGUGUUUGCUGCCAUGGGGGUAAACAUGGAGACAGCUCGGUUCUUCAAGUCUGAUUUUGAAGAGAACGGGUCAAUGGACAAUGUGUGUCUCUUCCUUAACCUGGCAAAUGACCCCACCAUUGAACGUAUCAUCACACCGCGCCUUGCUCUCACAACCGCCGAGUUCCUUGCCUAUCAGUGUGAAAAGCACGUAUUGGUCAUCCUCACUGACAUGAGCUCCUAUGCUGAAGCGCUGAGAGAGGUCUCAGCGGCCAGAGAGGAGGUGCCUGGCCGGAGAGGUUUCCCAGGUUACAUGUACACUGACUUAGCCACAAUUUAUGAGCGAGCUGGACGUGUGGAGGGAAGGAAUGGCUCAAUCACACAGAUCCCUAUCCUCACCAUGCCCAAUGACGACAUCACCCAUCCCAUCCCUGAUUUAACAGGGUACAUCACGGAAGGACAGAUCUAUGUAGAAAGACAGCUACACAACAGACAGAUCUAUCCCCCCAUCAAUGUGCUGCCCUCACUCUCCCGUCUGAUGAAAUCCGCCAUUGGUGAAGGCAUGACUAGGAAGGAUCAUUCAGAUGUGUCCAACCAGCUGUACGCCUGUUAUGCCAUCGGGAAAGAUGUACAAGCCAUGAAAGCUGUGGUAGGAGAAGAAGCCCUGACCUCUGAUGACCUUCUAUACUUGGAAUUCCUGCAUAAGUUUGAGAAAAAUUUCAUUGCCCAAGGUCCAUAUGAUAACCGGACAGUGUACGAGACCCUGGACAUUGGCUGGCAGCUGCUUCGAAUCUUUCCCAAGGAGAUGCUGAAAAGAAUCCCAGCAAGCACCCUGGCAGAAUUCUAUCCCCGUGAUUCCUCUGCAAAACACUGAGAACCCCAGUUACCACCCUCCUACGUUCUGCAGCCACCCCGUUCCCCUCCGAUUAUGGGCCCCGGUGAUGGAGCACGGCAGAAAUUGUUUGAUAUGUGUAAAGUGGAAAGCGUCAUAGAACAUGAAAAUCUAUUUUAAAGUGAAAUAUUUUCCAGGUUAAACAAUCUGUAGCUGGGUUUCCUAUUGUAUGAGGGCUGUAUUGGUUGUCCUACACAAGGCUGUGUACUAUUGACCAUGUGAUAUCACGGCACUGAGUGUUCCUUUGUUUAGUUCAGGCCUGGAAUACCUGAUAUGUAAGAUACUUUAAGAUAUUAGUAGACUAUUUAAAUGAAAAAGCCACCCCAUAGUCAUUAUGUGGGUCAGACCUAAAGCGGUGGCAGACUGGUCCUCUCCCAGACACGCUUGUGGCAUGUAUGUAUUUAUUAUGCAGUGAUGCGCACAUGGUUUAAUGUCACCUCCUCAUGAGGGUUUACGUGUCUUUGCUUAGAUGCUUCUUCAGGCUGGAUAUAGAGAUACAGUAUGAAGUUAGUUCUUAUGCUUUAGUCUAGGCUUAGACAACAUGUGGCUUAGAAAUAUAAAGCUAAGCAUGUUCUGCCAGACAUAGACCAUGCUGGGCAUUGUAGUGCCACAACCGCUGGAAGGGCCACCAAUGCGUACAUAUGUAUUAGGCUAUGCAUAUACUAGUCUGUCCUGGUACUUUUUGGGGGGCUGUGAGGUGUUAGACUGAACUUGGGUUCCUCCUGCCUUUUAUGGUCUUGUGUUCUGCUGUCAUCUGCCUUUUUCUUCCCUCCACCCACCCACAUUAAUUUAUGUUCCAUGUCUAAAUCCAGCGCGCUCUCCCGCAGAUCUCCAGGCUGCAAUUCUCUUACUGUGGGGUUUAUUUGGUGUUUGUGAACUUGGUGCAAUAGUUUGUUCUGUAUUCCAUUCCAUCUGUCAACGGUGUAUACAUUUAUUGAAGAUGAUCUAAAUAAAUAUGUAAUGUUACAACA